GGGAAUACGAUUCAUACUGAUUAUUUAGUUAGUUUGACAGCAGACAGCAAGCGACUAUUGAUAUUUUCGUGAACAAAUUUCAUGUUGUUGGUUGAGAGAGACGUGAAACUUUAGUGGUUUAUUAAUAUACGACUAUAAUUUAUCAUAGUCGUUCUGUGUAGUGAGAAUAUGGGCAUUUAAAUUUCGAGUGACAUGGGUGCUAAACGGUAACAUGCUGUCGGGUUGCUUCGUCAAUAUCCAAUGCGUUCACAGUCGCAAUAUUUUUUUGUAAGCGAGAAAAUGUUACGUGAGCUCUUUUGAGCGUUAAAUUGUAGGGGUCAAAAUGCCAGUGCAGCAAAUAAACGUGAAGAAUUCGUCGGACAUCGAGAGUUGGGAAUGGGGUGGUGGAUGUGGCAGGGAGGCGGUGCGAGCGGGCUCGGGCAGCAGCCGCACGUCCUGCAGCAAUUCCAGCGGCGACAUCUGCCGCAUCUGCCACUGCGAGAGCGAGGCCCACAACCCGCUGCUGGCGCCCUGCUACUGUUCAGGAAGCUUGAAAUUCGUGCACCAAAGCUGCUUACAACAAUGGUUGACGGCGUCAGAGACAAGGUCCUGCGAACUCUGCAAAUUCAAUUUCAUCAUGCACACCAAAAUAAAGCCGUUCAAUGAGUGGCGGUUGCUGGAGAUGUCAGGGGUGGAGCGACGUCGGUUGUGCUGCGCGGUGCUGUUCCACUGUGUUGCGGCGCUGUGCGUAAUGUGGUCGCUGUUCGUGCUCAUAGAGCGGGCGGUCGAAGAGGUCAACCGCGGACUUAUAGCAUGGCCAUUCUGGACGAAGCUGGUGGUGGUGGCGGUGGGGUUCACGGGCGGAGCAGUCUUCAUGUACAUACAGUGUCGGCAGUACCUGCAUCUCUGCAACCGCUGGCGGGCUCACAAUAGAAUACUGCUCAUUCAAAAUGCUCCAGAGAAGGUGCCAAUGGGCGGCGGGUCCCCUCCGGUGCGGCAUAAACGACGUGAGAGGAGUGCGAGAGGACAGGUAGUAGCAAACAUCGAACCGCCGCCGCCACCGGCCGCGUUCCACGAAGAAGAUGAGAGCGGGGGCUUCGAGACUUACCGCGGGAAUCCCAACCGGCGGCUGUCGGCGCUGGCGGACGAGCGCCUGCGGCCCGACCACGAGGACGCGCGCCGCUCCUCCGACACCAGGCUCGCGCCCGCCGGCGGGGCCGACGACGCGCCCGCACACGCUGAGGGCGGCGUGUACCACAUCAGCGUGGACCCGCUGGAGGCGGACAUCCGCUCGCUGCUGGCGCUGGAGGCGCGGCGCGAGGCGCGCGCGGCGCGCUCGCUGCCCAACCUGCGCGCCAGCCGCGAGUCGCUGCUGCCCGCCGCGCCCGCGCCCGCGCCCGCGCCCGCGCCCGCCCUCGCCGCGCAUGCGCACACCGCCUCCUGA